GAAGAGCGGGAACAACGUAUUUAACCGGUUUAACAAUCGUUCCUCACCAUCGAUAAACAAAAAAAAAGCGAAAUAAUAAAACCGCGAGGCAUAACUGGCAAAAACCAGCGAGAAAACACGGAGAGCCGUGUUGGCCCUUGCGGCCGUAAUAAUUUUUGUUUAAAUUAUUUACUGAAAAAAAUUUGAUGAACGCUGUGUUACUCGUGUUUAUUAUCUCACUGACAAGUGAAAAAACACUUCUGUUGUGAUCGUCAAGUGUAAUUGUUGUAGAGUUACACCGUCGGUUUUACAAUUUUCCUAGUUCUCUGUUGUUUCUGAAACCCUUGAAUUGUCUGUCAAUUAAAGAGACGGAGGCGAGGAAGCACGGAGGCUCUCGAGAUGCUGACGGACAUGACCCCAGCUGCGGCUGGUCAGCUAUAUCCUCAGCUACAGUCUAUCACCAAGUCACCGGUUCACGGUCAUGUGGAUCAUCCCGGAUUGAGGGGAACCCCACUGGCGAUGCUGGCUGCCCAAUGCAACAAGCUGAGCAACAAGAGUCCGCCUCCCCUGGCAGAUGCGGCAGUGGGUAAAGGCUUUCAUCCGUGGAAAAAAAGUCCCCAGAGCAGCGGCAGUUCACCACAGCACAGUGGUAGCGGUGGUGGUGGUGGUUGUACGACAACUGGUGUAACACAGAGACCAGCGGCUACGAGUAGUGCAGGGAGUACUGGUGGUUAUGCAAGGGCACCAGUCACUUCUUGUGCUUCUACGGCACCGCAGUACGGCAGUGAUUUGUAUUUUCCUGGCACAGCGUCAGCCCAACAGCCCGAUCCUCAUCAUCACCAGAGCAGUCUGCUCGGUAAAGUUGAGGGGGCAACGCUUGGUUCAGUUUACGGGAGACACCCGUACGAGUCAUGGCCGUUCAACGCGAUGCCCGGUGCAACGCACAGUGGCAUCAAAGCUGGUGACGGCUGGUGGGAUGUUCACGGAGCAGCCACUGGUGGCUGGCUGGACGUUAGCGGCACAGUCGGUGUCCACGCCCAAAUGGCAAACUACUCAGCAGACUAUUCAACGAGUCUAGCACUAGCUGGUAACCAUCUGCUAACAUCAGCGACAACUGCCGGUCACAAUCUACUCCAAGACACGUACAAAUCAAUGCUACCUGGUGGACCCCCUAGCUUUGGCCUACACGCACAUCACGCGGCUGCAAGUGGUGCAACCGGUGGUGCGGGUAGUCCUCAGGGUGGUACAGGAGGUGGCGUUAGUCAAGCACCAUCACCGCGUUCACAGAGACGUUACACAGGCAGGGCAACCUGCGAUUGUCCAAAUUGUCAAGAGGCUGAGAGGCUUGGUCCAGCCGGCGUCCAUCUGAGGAAGAAGAACAUUCACAGCUGUCACAUACCAGGAUGCGGCAAGGUCUACGGGAAGACGUCUCAUCUGAAGGCCCACUUACGGUGGCACACGGCGGCACCUUCGAACCCACACCGGAGAAAAGAGAUUCGCCUGCCCGGUCUGCAACAAGCGGUUCAUGCGCAGCGACCAUCUCGCGAAGCACGUCAAGACCCACAGCAGCUCCAGUUCCAGCGGAGGCAGCAAGGCGGGGAAGGGAGCGGGGAGCUCAUCAGCCGAGUCCUGUUCCGACAGCGAGGACAACGUGAGCCAGCAGAGUCCCAAUUCCAACAGCUCGGUGCCAGUUGUACCAGUGGUACCACAGUCGGGACAGCAGCAACAGCAGCAGCAGUCCCUGUCAGUGGUACCACAGGGUGCACAGGACACCAGCGUAACGUCCCAGAACACCGUACACCAACCGACAACACCCAUGACCCCAAUGCAGAUGACCCCACCCCCACUGACCCCACACCAUCCCCACCACCCGCAUCUCCCGCCACUAAUGCAUCAUCCACAUCAUCACGCAACAUCCGUACAGUCGCAUCAUCCGCACGCGGGGAUGAGCAUGCACUGAGCCCGGUGGGGCCCGGAGUCGCCGGUGUCUGCAAUAACGCUAACACAGCGACCCUGGGCUCCCCACUAUCCUACCCAAUCAACCUGAAUCUCAUUCAUCCCCAUCAUCAUCAGUACAAUCACUAUCAGUCACAAUCACAUCAGCAAAAUCGUCAGAACAAUAAUGCAUACAACAUUACACAAAAUCCUGGCACUCCUGGCAAUGCUCAGACCCCGUCACCAACGUCCCCAGCACCUGUACAUAGUCUCUAAGGAGUCUCUCAGAAUCUCCUAGCUGUUGUACUAAUUCCCUUGGGGGAAGAGCAUUUUCACAUGGCUGUCUUACGCAUUUGUCAAAUUUUUUCAUUUUUCAGAGCUGGAGACAUGUGGAGGUGCUCUUCUCGGGGCGAAUUGCACUUGAUAAUUUUUUAUUUUACUUCUCUCCGGAAAAUUAUCACAUUUAUUGCCCAGUUUAACAGUGGUUCAAAUUUUUACCCCCCCCCCCCUUCCCCCGAGUAAAGCACCAUUAUUACACACCUAUUUCUGUUAUCCGAAUUUUACUCUACUUGUAAAUACUAUAUACAUAGCGCGUGAGAGAUGAAUAUUAUAUUAUUUAGAGUGAUAUAAUAUUGUAUAAAAGAUGAAAUACACUUACCAUAAUUACACGUAACGUCGUUUUUUUGGUUUUUCAAGAAGAUUAACAGAAGCGCUCGGUUGAAUCGACGCGUAUGUAAAUGAACAACAAAAAAAAACAAAAUAAAGUCCCACGGUUCAAGGAUUCCACGCGUCUGUACUGUAAUCACAGUCGACGUUCGCACCAGGUGACGGGUAUUUAUUUUUAUUCUAUUCACACGAAGAAGCAAAAAUAAUCAAUUCACUUCUCGCGAAUAAUGUUCCAGAAUUGUUUUCCCCUGUUGACCCGUUGCUCAAUCUCCCAAAUUGAAAAAUCAUUUCGGGAUCGAACGAGACGCGUGGAAACUUGUCCAUGUACACUCGGAUGGUGCCCCAUAUCACGCCCACCCGCCCUAAAAAACCUAGUAACUUUACUAGUAUUAAUUAUUAUUAAUUAAUGAAAUUAGAUAAUGAAUUAUUAUUGAAGUAUUAUUAUAAACGAAAAGAAGAGAAGAAAUUAUGAAAUUCAUUUUAAAGAGUUAAAACAAGGAGAACGAAAAAAAUUAAUAAAAGAUGCUUUUGUGAGUAUGAAAACGAAGCGUUAAUGAUUAUUUUGAUCACAUAUGCUUCCUAAAAUCCCCAAAUAUCUCUAUUUUUUUUCAAUAUUUUUUUUUCAAAAUCUAAAGCCUCAAAACAUCAAUCAUAGCCAAAAAACAUACCUCGUUGGGAUGAAUUUCAUGAGCGAGCGGUAACUCGUCACAAAUUCGCGUGUCAAUAAAAGAGAGAAAGGGAGAAUGAGGGGGCGGUGGUAGGGAUGAGAGGGUGAGGUGGGGAAUUGAAAAUGGGUGCCUUUUGCGGCGCGGUAAUAUCGCACGGGCCGUUAGCUCCCGGGUUCUCCGAGCCAUGAAAUGUCCCGUCAUAACAUCAGCUUUGCCCCCCCCCCCACUCUCCACCCCUCAUUUCUCCAUGAUGCACAUCGUUGUCGUUUCUCUUUCUCCCCAUCUCUCUUUUUCUCUCUUUUUUUUAUCACCAAUCCCCCAUCUCCCUCUCUCUCUCCUCCAGCCAUCAUCACAUCAGCAUCCGGGUGACUUGGGGUGCAUCUGAUAUUCAGACAAAAAAAAAUGUCUGCAUUAACUUUUUUUCAGAGAAUAAUAUUAUUUUUUUCUUCUCUCUUACAAAAAUUUUAAGAUAAAUUAUGUAAAGAAGGUAUUAAAGAUGUCGUAACUAAAAAAAGAA